AUGCAUCCCUUACGCGAAAGAGCUUGUGACGAGUUGCUGCAACACCCACUUCUUCGCACACCACCCCCAGAACCCGAAAAGCCAAAGCCACCACGUAUCCGCAAACCCAGGGAGUUCAAACUUCCACCCAGAUUUCCGCUGUUAUCUAAAGAUUUCUAUGCAAAGUGGUGUAAUCAUCAAAAAGAGUUACAAAUGACAAGGCAUAAAGUGGACGACAGUUCUCCUGAAUUAUUCCCAGAAUUGUACCUUAAACCACGUCGAUUGGAUUACUAUGCUCGGCAGUUAGAAGAGAAUAUGAUUGUCAAUAAAGAGCUUAUAAAGAAAAUAAAUCUUAUACAAAGGACUGGGGGGUUCGUCGAUUGCUGGCUGCGUCCGCAGCCUACGGACACGUACAACAAACUGCUCUGCAAACAGAGGCAGCGCGUGCUCGACGUCAUUCGACUGCAAAACUUGCACAUCUAUUCCCGACUGCUUAUUGCCAGAUCAGAACAAUUGCUUACGAAGGAAUUGGACGAAGCUUGGCAAGACACAAAACACAAGUUAAUUUUAGGAGCAUCGUUACCCUUUAUUUUAUUUCAAACUGAAAAAAUAGACCGUGGUAUCAGAGACCCGGCCUUUGACAAACCUUCACAUAUUAAUCGCACCAAAGUCGUACCGGAUCUUUAUUGUCGUGGCGGGGACGUCGUUAAAGACAAUGGUUUCGGAUUCUACUUGCCCGAGGGACAAGCCGAACCCAUGCCGGCUGAAAAUUAUCUACUGAAACACACCGUUCCAGGUGUAUUAUCGAUGGUGGUCACCAAUGAUAAUGAAGUGCCUGGGCAGUUCAACAUAAUUUUCAAACCUUUGCCGCAAUUCGAUGGGAAGCAUGUCGUUUUUGGCAGAAUCAUAUCAGGACCCACACAAACGUUGGAGCGCAUCAGCGCCCUAGGGCUCCCGCUUGGCACCACAAGUUCAGACUGCAUCAUCCGCUCCUGUGGCUGGUUCAAACGAAACGGCCAAUACCGUGAAGGAAACCCCAACACCGUUAAGUUUCCAUCCAAGAGAAAAAAUGCC